GAACAGCACGAAGGGGCGGGGCACCUCAUGUGACGUCGAAUGAUAGCAAACAUGGAAAUACUGAUGAAAGAUAAGACGAAGAGAAAAUAAUUACAGCGAGUUACACAACAACAAAUAGCUGUGUGACCCCUCUCAGACACGUAGUUGCAAAAAGCCUGCUGGUUCUCGCCCUGUGUUACUUACGAGCGAGACCAGCGAACGGCAUCAUGGGAAACACUAGCAGCGAAAGAGCGGCCAUGGGUCAGGGCGAGAAGGCCCAUCGCCGGGACAGCCGCGGGGCCAAGGAGGGGGACCGGCCCAAAAUACUCAUGGACAGCCCAGAGGACGCAGACAUCUUCCACGGGGAGGACAUGAAGGCCCCAACGGAGAAGGACGAGUUCUUUGCUUGGCGGCAGGACAUCGAGGCCAGCGACAAAGGCCCUGCGGGGGACAGGCCCACCGUGUUCCGAUGGACAGGCGUCGGGAAGGAGGUUUUUGUAUCUGGCUCCUUCAACAACUGGGCCAAUAAGAUCCCUUUAACCAGGAGGUGGGUUUUCUAUCCCCAGCUGGUAAUUAAGAUCCCUUUAACCAGGAGUCAGAACAACUUUGUGGCCAUAAUGGAUUUACCAGAAGGAGAUUAUCAAUAUAAGUUCUACGUUGAUGGACAGUGGAUUCACGAUCCAUCCGAGCCUGUAGUGACCAAUCAGAUGGGGAGCGUAAACAACAUCAUCCAGGUCAAGAAGACGGACUUUGAGGUGUUUGAUGCUCUAAUGGUGGAUUCACAGAAAUGCUCAGAUAUGUCAGACCUGUCCAGCUCCCCUCCCGGCCCUUACCAUCAGGACGCCUACACGCCCAAACAGGACGAGAAGUUCAAGUCUCCGCCGAUCCUGCCCCCGCAUCUCCUGCAGGUCAUCCUCAACAAGGACACGGGCAUAUCAUGUGACCCGGCCUUGCUUCCAGAGCCCAAUCACGUCAUGCUAAACCACCUCUACGCGCUGUCCAUCAAGGAUGGGGUGAUGGUACUGAGUGCUACCCAUCGCUACAAGAAGAAGUAUGUUACAACACUCCUCUAUAAGCCCAUCUGAUCCUGACCAACCCCUCCACUCUCUUGCUGUCGCUCGCUCACUCUCUCUCUCUGUCUCUCCUGCCUGAAACAAGACACUCCCCAUGGAAUGCACAUGUCUUCUACUGCACAGACAACCACCAGACCAACCAACCAGCCAAGAUGGCCUCCGCUCUGGAGCUCACCUGUGGUGCUAGAUCUCACUGACCCAUGCUCCAUCUGGGCUAAAUCCUGCUAACCCAGGCUAGAUCUGACCUACAGUACAUCCUAACCCUGACAAGAUCUGGGCCAGAUUUGAACUAGAUCUAGCUAACUCGUGCUAGAUUUAGGCUGGGUCCUGUUAGCUCAUACUAGUUUUAGGCCGGGUCUUGCUCACCCAUGCUAGAUUUGGACCAGAUCCUGUUAACCCUUGCCAGAUCUGGGUCAGUAUUUUGCUGAAUCCCACAUGUCUAUGAUGGAUGUUGUCCAGAUGUUGGCCAGGUCCCUCUAAUCUGUGCAGACGGUGUCCUAAUGUGGACCAGACGCCCAGCGUGGGCUGCUAGCAUAGACAAAUGUCUGGAGUGUAGAGUGCUGGAGGGGUGGUGAUGGUGCGGACUGAAAGGGAACCCCCA